ACAGCUGUGCGAAAGGCAACAUCGUCUUUUCUAUGUUACUAAAGUGAAAUUGUGAGAUAAGACUCUAAACACAUAACUCUUUCACAAGUGGAAUCACGUUUCCUUUAUUCCGAGCAUCAUUUCUCAAUUGUCGGAAUGAACUGAGUCGACGAGAUUUCGGGUUGAACGAACUGACCACGAUGUGAUUUAACGCUGACAAGCAUAACAGGAUUAAAUUAAAAGGGAAAAUAUAUAAUUGUGUUUAUACGAGCAAGGAUUAACAGUAAUUGGAAGAGCAGAUGGUUAUUAUUAAUCAUCGAAAAAUCUUUCUUUUAGAAAGAGAACAAUUUUUUUUUUUAACUUGGAAUGUGUUUCAUGUUUGAACAGUAAAAGAUAAACAAUUUCUUUUUACAGGAAUUAAUUCAACAGACAGUUCGGGAGUGGUGCUCGAAAUAGACGAAGAACUUAUCUACGCCGGAGCACAGAAUAUGUUGCCAGUCGUGGACGAGUGUCGAAUCGCUGUGGAUUCAGAUUUAUCAAACGACACCCAGGCCACACAAACUAACGGGAAAAUGACAGAUUAUGCAAGUCUAGUAGAUCGCACACGAACUGUAUUUCUUAGUGGUAAAACAAGAUCACUAGAAUGGAGAAAAAAACAAUUAAAACAAGCAUUACUUAUGUUAGAAGAAUGCGAACAAGAAAUUAUAUCAGCUCUUGCUACUGAUCUGCAUAAGUGUAAAUUUGAAACUGUUACAACAGAAAUAAAAUUUACAGAAGGAGAAGUUAUAGAACUGCUUCGACAUCUUAAGGAAUGGUCAGCUGAUGAAAAACCUUCAAAAGCAAUAGUCAACAUAUUGGACAAAGUUGAAAUUAAGAAAGAGCCAUAUGGUGUAGUUCUUGUUAUAGGACCAUGGAAUUAUCCUUUCCAACUAUGUGCAGUUCCUCUAAUAGGAGCAAUAGCUGCUGGUAAUUGUGUUAUUCUUAAACCAUCAGAAUUAUCUUCUGCCACAUCAGCAGUUUUGGCAAAAAUUAUUCCAAAAUAUUUAGAUCAAGAAUGCAUUCAUGUUGUGCUAGGAGGUGUUUCUGAAACAACAGAAUUACUUAAACAAAGAUUCGAUUACAUCUUUUACACAGGAUCUACUACAGUCGGAAAAAUUAUAAGAAAUGCAGCAAAUAAAUUUUUAACGCCUGUUACGCUAGAACUUGGCGGUAAAAGUCCUGUGUAUAUAGAUAAUACAGCAGAUUUAGAAAUAAGUGUGAAAAGAGUACUUUGGGGUAAAUGCAUUAAUGGUGGACAAACUUGUGUCGCACCCGAUUAUAUACUUUGCACAGAAGAAAUUCAAAAUAAAUUUAUAGAAAAGGCAAAACAAAUAUUAAAAGAAUGGUAUGCCGAUAAUCCCAAGGAAAGUCCAGAUUUUACACGUAUAAUUAACGAAAAUCAUUAUCAGCGUCUUGUAAAAUAUUUAAACAAUGGUAAAGUGGCAAUAGGAGGUGUUUGCGAUGCUAGUGAGAGAUAUAUCUCGCCAACUAUACUCAUUGAUGUUAAGCCUACGGAUCCUGUGAUGCAAGAUGAAAUAUUCGGUCCAAUAUUACCAUUUAUAAACAUAAAUAACGCCUAUGAAGCAAUUAACUUCAUAAAUAGUCGUGAAUCCCCACUCGUAUUGUAUAUAUUUUCCAAGGACAGAAAAGUUCAGGAUUUAUUAAUAAGUCAAACUCGUAGCGGAAGUAUAGGAGUAAAUGAAACACUAAUGCAAUAUUGUGUUGACACUUUGCCAUUUGGUGGUGUUGGUAAUUCUGGUAUAGGAGCUUAUCAUGGAAAGUAUACAUAUGAUACUUUCGUGCACAAGAAAGGAUGCCUUAUUAAAGAUUUCAAUAAAUUAGGAGAAAUAUUAGGAUCAUGCCGUUAUCCACCAUAUUCUGACAAAAAGUUGUCUUUCAUAAAACUUUUAUUGACAAAAGAGCCUAGCAUACCAGGAAUCAAAUACAUUCCACAUCUUUUAGCAUUUGGUUUAGGAGUUCUUGUUACAUAUGGUGUUUCAACUGCCUUAAAGGUUCAAGAAGAAAAUUAUUAAUGGAUUCCUCACAAUAUUAUUGUAAAAUUUUGUUAUCAAUUACAAAUUUUAAAACAUUGUUUAUAUUAUAAUUUUUAUGUAAUUGAUUCUUUUUUAUUUUUUAUAUAUUAUAUGAUUUUAUAAAAUAUGUUAUUUUAGUUUUUAGUCUACUAAAUCGAUUAUUUUGUUGCCAUGUAAGUCAUCGAUUAUUUAAAUAACUGGAAAUACAGAUUGUAUUAAUCUGACUAAUUCGUACCUUUUUGCAAUAAUAUAAGUCAAAUGUAUUUUUGCAAAAAUUUAACUUUAAAACUUCUAUUAUAUAUGUAUAUACUACAGUUAAAUAAUCGUUGUAAUAUUAUUAUUACUAUUGAUGGAAGAUAAAUUAUC